UGUUUUCGGCGUAUCCUCGGCUCGGCAACCAUGGUGAGACAAAUACCCCACGUGACUAUCUCCCCAAACUCCGAACUUCUUCCCCCAGCAAGAAACGCAUUGAACUUGAACUGCUUCAAGACACACAUCAAGGACAACAUCUCUCAAAAGUGCAUACUACCCUACACUUGCUUCCGACCAUGUCUGUCGCCAGCCAAACCCUGCGACAGCUAUCUUCCCGCGCCCCACGAUCUCUUCCCCUCCGCCAACUCACAACCUCAUCUCUAGCAGCCUCCUCUCUUCGCUCGUCUUCCUCCAGAUCAGCUUUCUCUAGCAAGCUUUUGCAAUCCAGAUCUUCCUUUUCCACAAUGUCCGCCCUCAACUCUGCUGCUCCGGUCACCCCGGCUCCGGCUCGUGAAUAUGACCCUGAAAUCAAUGAUAUGGCUAGCUACAUUCACCACUACAAAGUCGAUUCAGAACUCGCGUUUGAUACUGCCCGCUGGGUCUUCCUUGACACUCUAGGGUGUGGAUUGGAGGCUCUGAAAUUCAAGGAGUGCACGAAGCUCCUGGGUCCUAUUGUUGAGGGAACUGUUGUUCCCAAUGGUACCAAGGUCCCUGGAACUCCAUAUCAGCUCGACCCCGUCAAUGGUGCUUUCAACAUCGGUGCCAUGGUCCGGUGGUUGGACUACAAUGACUGCUGGUUAGCUGCUGAAUGGGGUCAUCCUUCUGACAACUUGGGCGGUAUCCUUGCCGUCGCUGACUGGAUCUCGCGGACAAACCGCGCUGGCGGAUCCCUGGGCAACGGCAAAAUCCUCACUGUUCGUGAUGUGCUCGAGGCUAUGAUUAAGGCCCACGAAAUCCAGGGCGUUCUCGCUCUCGAGAACUCUUACAACAAAGUCGGCUUGGAUCACGUGGUACUGGUCAAGAUUGCUACAACUGCUGCUGUCUCCAAGCUGCUUGGUCUGAAUGAGAAGCAGACCGCCGAUGCCCUCACCCAGGCGUGGGUUGAUGGUCAGAGCUUGCGAACCUACAGACACUCCCCCAACACCAUGUCGAGAAAGUCGUGGGCUGCCGGUGACGCUUGCCAGCGCGCCGUCAACCUCGCCCUCAAGGUCCAAAGGGGUGAGACUGGUGUGCCCACUGUCCUCUCUGCUCCAGUCUGGGGCUUCUACGAUGUCCUGUUCAAGGGCAACAAGUUCAAGUUCCAGCGCCCCUAUGGCAGCUACGUGAUGGAGAACGUACUCUUCAAGGUCUCCUGGCCUGCUGAAUUCCACUCGCAAACCGCCAUUGAGGCUGCGACCCACAUCAACAAGACCUUGGCCAGCAUGGGCAAAUCCGCCAAGGACAUCAGGGAUGUCACCAUCCGCACCCACGAGGCCUGCGUCCGCAUCAUCGACAAACAAUUCAAGCCCAUGGACAACUUCGCUGACCGCGACCACUGCAUCCAGUACAUGGUUGCCACCAUGCUUGUCUUCAACCGCCUCGUCGCAACCGAUUACACCGACGGCUCCGAAGCCGCCACCUCUGAGCUCCUCGAGUCUCUCCGCAAGCGCAUCAAGUGCGUUGAGGACCCACAGAUGACCAAGGACUACCACGACCCAGCCCUCCGCACCAUCCCCAACGCCCUGACCGUUACCCUAAACGACGGCACUGUCCUCGACGAGGUCGUGGUCGAUGCGCCGCUCGGCCACCGCCUACGUCGUGAAGAGGCCAAGCCUGAAAUCCUUGCCAAGUACAAGAGACACCUCGAGGGGCACUAUGAUGCUGCCAAGGUUGACCAGCUUAUUAAGCUUGGCCUUGACCAGAAGACCCUUGAGGCUAUGGACAUUGAUAAGUAUGUCGAUCUGUACGUUAAGGAAAAAGUCGAUUUUUAGACUUGAGGAUUAGGGCGGCGGUGGCUACGUCGUCCUGAGAUGGACAUAUUUUAAAAUGUAAAAUGUAUAUACAUAGAUUAAAAGUAUGCCAUAGGGUGGGUGCGGGUGUUUUCUUCUGACUUGAAAUGCCAAUUAGGUUCAUGGUUAAUAAAGCAGUUGGGGGAGAACUCCUGUGUCUAUGAUUAUGAACUAGGUUUUCAUAUUUCCAAUCAAAAUUUAUCUUUGUAUCUAUUUCCUUUUCUACACAUAAUUCUAAAUUCACUUCCUCAAUCAUGAUUCUAGCUCUUCACUACACUACCGCUUUCUGGGUAUCCUAUCACACCGUCAUCUUAAAUAUAGUAACUUUUAUGUACUCUCUCUUGUACAAAUUCUGUUUUUUCAUUUGUAUUCUAUUGGCAAAGGAAGUAUAUAACCUCAUAACAUAUAUAACGUGUGAUGUUUUAUACUUCUAGAUAUAUUACUUAAAUCUAAUUGUCAAACUGUUCAUGAAAGGCUUUUUCGUUCGCUACUCCCACGGAGGUACAUUUUCAUCAUUAACAAACACUCAGAGUAUAACAUUCAAAACUCUCGAACACGAAGGACGAAGCCAUUCAAGAUCUCUAUAACGGCGGCUACACACGCAUCAAAUCGCUCGAACAGAACUUGAUAAGUGGCAAGCAGUUACAUAAAGGAGCUCAAUGGCCCUCUAAACACUCUCGCCUGCAGCACGCCGGAUACACUCCACGACCAAUCUCGGAUUACUCAGAUGCGGCGCAUGGCCCUCCUGGCAACGUACAACUUCCAUGGCAUCGCCGGCCUGCGCAACCAUCUUCUCCUGGAUGUAUGGCGGGACGGCCAGGUCAUUCUCACACAAAAUGAACGUACUUGGGAUUUCUCGAUAGGCCGUGUACGUCACAGGCACUCCCAUCGGGGCUAUGGGUUGGGCUCCUAGCAGAUCGAGGGCCUCCUCUACGUCCUUGGGAUCGCAGCCACCGCUAUAGACGAUUUGGCGGGUCGUUUCCCGGUCAGGAACUAUCAUCCUAGCCUGAUGAGGUACUCAGUUUAUUUUUGAAUCAGACAGGGCGCAUGAGUAUGGGUCGAGAAGCGCCGUAAUUAGAAGGUUGGGUGGAAGGAAGAGCAUUGUUCAGUAUCAUGGGUGUUUUCCUUUUACAUACCUCAUUGAUAGGCGUCAUGCCCUUGGGAUAUUUCUUCAUGCCCUCCUGAUACGCCAACGCCAACUCUUUCUCCUUCGGCGUUUGCGGUACGAUCAGGGUCGCCUGGCUCUGUCCUUCAACGAGUGCCACCGCGAUCAUAUAGAUAAGACCCACGACACCCCCCUUCAAGCCAUAUUUUUCACGAUCCCGCUUGCCCAGCCCCUUUACCGCCUCGCCCAUCGCGACGCCGCCAAAUGAAUGCGCGAGUGCAAUCACAUCCCUUCCCGCUUCGACGUUCUCCAUGACCACACGCCGUACCGCCUGGGCGUCCUGGUCCCAGCUGCGGUGCGGAGGGUUGGAGUCCAGUGACGGCGGGGUAACGGCUGUCGCUUCAUAGUUGCAUUUUGCGAGUUCGUCGAUUAAUCACUGGUAGUGUUCGGCCCUGUGGCAGGAGCCGGGCACGAUCACGACGACGGGCUUGGUAGGCAUUAUCGAGGACGUUUGAGUAGCACAAGAUGAAGUAAAUUCUGUUGACGAAAGGUGGGCAUUCAACAAGGAGAAUGAUGGGGAUUUUGAAAUUCGUCCAUAUUGUCAUUCUAUGGAUCAAUAAGCAUAGCUCAUGAAGCUGAACGACUGACAUAUCAAGGCCCCUACUUACCAAGACUGCCUCUAUCUUCUAGGGCCAGGAUCUCUUUGAAGCUGGGUCGGUCCAUGGAUGUUGUAAGCUGAAUUUAUAGCUGCAAAACUGGUUCUCUUGUUAUUUUUAGUCUGAAGUAUCUCCAUUUGUCAACUAGAGUGUUCAGCUUGCAAGGAAUAUCACCAGCCUAAGAAACUAUAUAAUUGUUUAGUGCUUAUGGAGUUUGAAUCGCCAUAGUCAGUCAGCAGCUAAAUUAUCCUUCUAAUUUUUCGUGUUCCUAGCGGCCAAAG